CUGAGGAGCCCUGGGGAAUCUCAAAGUUUGUGUCUGGAGCAGUAGUGGAAAGUGAGCUUAGUGAGAAGGGCUUUUCUUGGGAUGAGUACUGAUCUCCUGCCUUUAUUUUGGAUACACACCCUGCUCUAUUCUCCUCAGCCUUCGGUCUGAUCUCUAGACAGUCUGUCUCCUCUGGGGAUUCUCAAAUCUCCGAGGACGCUGGACCGGAGCCCUUGGCAAUUCUCUCUCAGGCAGAGGAGCGAACGUUUUCCUUCCUAACUGCAUAAGCUACACGCAUACGCACACACACGCACACACACUCAAGCAGAGGCGGAUCUCGCCCUCCGAGGCCGCCCUACCCGCUCCCCUCCUGCCCUCAGCAUCCUCGGCCCAGCGCGCCUCGGACCACCAUGGAGGUGCUGGAGAGCGGGGAGCAGAGCGUCCUGCAGUGGGACCGCAAGCUGAGCGAGCUGUCAGAGCCCGGGGAAACCGAGGCUCUCAUGUAUCACACGCACUUCUCGGAGCUGCUGGAUGAGUUUUCCCAGAACGUCUUGGGCCAGCUCCUGAACGACCCUUUCCUCUCAGAGAAGAGUGUGUCGAUGGAGGUAGAGCCGUCCCCAACGUCCCCGGCGCCUCUCAUUCAGGCCGAGCACAGCUACUCCCUGUGUGAGGAGCCUCGGGCCCAGUCACCGUUCGCCCACGUCACCGCCAGUGACAGCUUCAAUGAUGAUGAAGUGGAGAGUGAGAAAUGGUACCUGUCUACAGACUUUCCAUCAACAACCAUCAAGACAGAGCCAAUCACGGACGAGCCGCCCUCAGGACUAGUUCCGUCUGUCACUCUGACCAUCACUGCCAUCUCCACCCCUUUUGAGAAGGAGGAACCCCCUCUGGAAAUGAACGCUGGGGUUGAUUCCUCGUGCCAGACAGUUAUUCCUAAGAUUAAGCUGGAACCUCAUGAAGUGGAUCAGUUCCUCAACUUCUCUCCUAAGGAAGCCUCCGUGGACCACCUGCACUUACCGCCCACCCCUCCCAGCAGCCACAGCAGCGACUCGGAGGGCAGCCUGAGCCCCAGCCCGCGCCUGCACCCCUUUGGCCUGCCGCAGACCCACAGCCCCGCCAGGGCCCCAGCGCGGGCCCCCUCGGCACUUGCCAGCUCCCCACUCCUCACCGCACCGCACAAGCUGCAGGGAUCAGGCCCCCUGGUCCUGACGGAGGAGGAGAAGAGGACCCUGAUCGCCGAGGGCUAUCCCAUCCCCACCAAGCUGCCCCUGACAAAAUCAGAGGAGAAGGCCCUGAAGAAAAUCCGGAGGAAAAUCAAGAAUAAGAUUUCUGCCCAGGAAAGUAGGAGGAAGAAGAAGGAAUACAUGGACAGCUUGGAGAAAAAGGUGGAGUCUUGUUCAACGGAGAACUUGGAGCUUCGGAAGAAGGUGGAGGUUCUGGAGAACACCAACAGAACUCUCCUGCAGCAGCUGCAGAAGCUUCAGACUUUGGUGAUGGGCAAGGUUUCUCGCACCUGCAAGCUGGCUGGCACGCAGACUGGCACCUGCCUCAUGGUUGUUGUGUUAUGCUUUGCCGUUGCAUUCGGCACCUUCUUUCAGGGCUAUGGGCCCUAUCCUUCUGCCACCAAGAUGGCCCUGCCCAACCAGCAUUCCAUGCAGGAGCCCUACACAGCCUCCGUUGUGAGAUCCAGGAACCUGCUGAUCUAUGAGGAACAUUCUCCCCUGGAGGAGCCGUCCAGUUCGGCCUCGGCUGGGGAGCUCGGGCGCUGGGACGGAGGUUCCUCCCUGCUCAGGGCAUCAGGGCUGGAGUCCAGGCCUGACGUGGAUCUUCCCCAUUUCAUUAUAUCAAAUGAGACCAGCCUGGAGAAGUCAGUGCUGUUGGAGCUGCAGCAGCACUUGGUCAGCACCAAACUGGAGGGGAAUGAAACACUAAAAGUUGUAGAACUCGACAGAAGAGUGAACGCCACCUUCUAAAGAGACCGUCGCCACCUCCCUCUAUCUCCUCACUCUACCUUUAUGUCUCCAAACCGCCUUUGUCAUAAGCUUUUCCUUUUUGCCACCCGAUCUUGACCGAAGACCUGGACGUGCAGUCAUGGCUUUGGAUGCGAGGACAGCCUGGGAUUUCCACCCACGGUGAGAGAGCGCCUCCCCCAGUCCCACGUCCCUCCCUGCAGAAGGGAGCCCGCCUCUCUCCCUCCCUGUUGCUUACUGCCAUAGGAAAUUAUCUUAGGGUCAGGGGUGGGACGAGCAGGCUUGUUUCUACCGACAGUGCCAAAAAGAUACUGCCUGCUUCUCACCGGGGUGGAUGUGACCACCUCUUUGAAGAAGAGCUGACUCUUGUUCAUUCGAGACCCCCAGCUCGAGCCACAGAAAUACCAGGAUGCCUGUUGGAAUCUGGCAAAGCACUGACUGACGUCCUGCCUUGCUCAGCCUGGGUCUCUCCUGCCGCUCUGCGCUGAGCCCCCGCUGACUUGUCCUCCGGCACUGGAGCUGGAGCGAGGCGUCCCCUUCGUACUCUCAGGCCGCAAGUGCAAUGCCUGAAGGAAUCAGGCUUUUCUACUCCAGGCAAACCUGCCCCAUCAUGUUGCUUGUAGGAUUUCUCCACAAUCUGUGUCCCCACACGCCCCUAGUUCUGCCUCCUUGGCUUCUCCUCCCCAUUUGUAAAUAGUAUUUAUUAGCUUGCUGAGGCUUCCCUGGGCAACCACACUGAAGACAUCCGGACGCCUCCCUCCAAGCUAGCAAAGUCUUCUGUUGGCCUUUGGAGCGAGGAGGGCAUCCUAGGCUCUGGGAUCCCCAAUCCUUCCAGGCCAUGUUUUGCUUUCUGUUCUUCUUUUUUGCUGGAGCCCUAUAAUUAUAGUUGGGAAAUCUCCCUAAGCGUGUGUCCUCCUGUAGAAUGAACUCAGAGGGAAAGUUGGAGCAGUGCCUUGCUCAGGUCUGGGGCUCUGUGGAUAGAUGCUUUUUCUGUCCCAUACCCAUAACAGGGAAGGGAAGCCCUGUCCCUGACAGCAGGCAUUUCAGACAACCCUGCUAGCUUGUCUCUCUCCACCUCCCCUGACACUUCUGCUUUCCCCCUCCUCUUCUGCUUCAACACAGGAGGUGAGCCUGAGGCCUGUUCCUGGGGUCAGAGUAGGUGACAUUUGUGUAUCCACAGUCUUACCUUUUAUAGUCAGGUUUGGCUACUUUGCAGCUCACCCAAAGAGACACGACCUAAUCCCCCAACCUACUCUUAUUUUUUUUUAAUGAUUAAAAGUAACUUUUGUAGUUUUAAAAAAACUUUCCUCUUUCCUACAAAUAAGAAAUGGAAAUUGACUUUUUACUGUAUAAUGUAGAAGACUCCCCUUAAAUGUUUUCCCCUAGCUUGUAAAAGAUUUUGUGUAAGAAAUUUGCUCACGUUUUGUAUUUUAUUUUUAGUAGUAGCUGAAGCACCCUCAGCUUUAACUCUCUCUCUGUCUCCGUUUCUGUCUCUCAUCUACAUUGUCAUUGGAACCUGUACUUAGGAGAGAUUAAGCCACACCUGGGCCUUCUGUUCCAUAGCAGACACAGGAUUUGGUGUCAUUAGCAUUUGCCGUCAGACCUCAUAAGCAGAUCUGGUACCUUCGGGGCUCACCGUCAGUGAUUCCUCUCUCCCUACUGUGAUGGAGAGAGUUCUGGCUGGGAGGCGGCCAAAUUCAUCUUCUUAGCACUGAUGUAAAGCUGGAUCAGGACUGCAGUGGUCCUGGCAGCCCUCUCGGUCCUCUGCAUGCCUCUCGCUGUCCUUCCCGUUGGCCAGGGAGGGCUGAGACCGGCUGGGCUGUGCAGGAGGAAGGAUGCUAGCAUGUGCCCCGCUUCUGUUUCCCUCUACCUUCUCCUCUCCUUCUCUUCUGCUCUAGACCCUCUUGGGCCUGGCUGGUGUCUGCUAACCAUGGGCCACUACUGACCCAUCCCUCUCUUUAAAAUGUCAUGUAAUUAUCAGACACGGGCAGCCUGUGUGUGGGGGGAGGGAGAGGGCGGCUAAGAAGGUAAGAAUAUAGAAUUAACUCAAGUAGUAUUUGGACGAUAAGAAAGGCAAGCUUUUGUAUGUCAGUGAGAAUGGGUCAUCUUCCCCACCUGACGCACUGGAACCAGAUCGGAUUUUUAAGUCUCCUGGAUCAGCCUGAGUAGAAAACCAGCUCUUCUGAAUAAGGAGGGAGAAGGAAAAGGGCAGCAAACUCCUAGCGCCUGUCUUUAGUGCCUUGAGGAUUUUAUUUCCUCCCUGACCUACCCUUGCUUGACAUCACUGUCUCCAGCCCUCCAUACGGCAGGGCUUGAUCUCUGGGAAACCGUUCUUCCCACAACUGAAUCUGUGUCUAGAGACCAGGGACAUCAGCCUGAGAGCUCAAAUGGCCAUUGUAAGGGGAUCCAAGGACCAAUUGCUGCUAUUAUGAGAAAGACCUCCGCCCUCCACUCCUUGCUUAGGCGAGUAAGGGGAACUAAACAGUUAUCCCUUUAGGAGGAUGUAAUGGAAUCAAGAGGAUGCAGAAGAGUUGGAUAAUACCAGAUUGGUUCCAAAUAGUUAUGAGCGUGUGCACCUUUUCUUUUCCAGGGUUAAUCCCACAAUGUCAGUGGAUUUGUUUCCCCCCCCUCCAGAGCCAUCCCAUAGAUGAGUCAGUAAUACCUGGUUAGCCCUGAAGAUGUCAAAUAGUGGCAGCCUUUUGGCUUCUGAACCUCAGUUUUGGAAAAUAAGAGACUGUUAGCACAACCCAUCAAUCAUAAAGAAUCAAUGUUAAUGAUAAACAUAUUAAUAUAGUUUUCAUUAUGUCAACAGCUUUUCCUCUUUCCUCUCUUUGAUUAGCUUAGUGGAGGAGAUGUCUUGCAAAAGUUCAGAGAACACGUACUUUUUUACUGGAUGAGACCUGAGUAACCCAGACCCCCCAGUGAGGUUCUAUUCACAGCUCUUGACUUUGCACUUAGAAAUGGAUACUGUAAAUGAAAGGCCUCAGUGCCAGGUUUAAGAAAGAAUUUCUGUGAAGUGUUAGGACUCUGGAGCCUAGCUCACAUAAAGGGAGUGUUAUAUAAGAAUCUGACAGCUGAACUAGGUUGCUCCUUUUGGGCAGGAGGUGGGGAUGAGGUUUGACACCAGUACAGGCAAAAUUAGAUAACCUUUUUAUGAAUAUAAAUGAUUUUGAUUUAAAGACCUAAUUUGUAGAUUGUGAAAGCAGCUUUUAGCUCAACUUAUUUACAAACCAACUAUAAAUACCAUGUUUUUUUCUUCCUAAAUCUCUUGGUUUAGCCUGAAUGCCAAGAGAGGGCUGUGAAUCUCGUGUGCCCUUGGAGCAGGAGUCUUGAAUUGGUUCACCUUUAUUCUGGCAGUGAGUCAGUGUCCAGAAUUUUUGACAGAGGUGUUUUAUUAAAAUGUUUUUAGCACUUUGUGCCUCCUUCCUCCUAUGUCCUCACACCAAGCAAAAGUCACGGAUCAGAGGCCCUCUGGGGCCCGCGCCUCCGAACACACAUGUCACGUGAGCACGUUGCACACGCAGAGACCUCCCUCUCCCCGUCGAGGGAGAGAGCAUCCGUGCCGGCCUUGCUAACGUGCGGCGAUGGGAGACGGAGGAGAAGGCAUUAGUCUCCCCCUUCUCUGCCAAGAGCUCUUGUCACUAAUUCGGUUCUGUUGAACCUUUAUUACAGACACCAGCUCUCCUGCUUGCGGUGCAGGCAGGACCUGUGAGACAGACCAGUAGCAGGUGGUGCCCUGGUCCGAGUCAUCUUCUUUGAAUGCUUUUCAGCUGAGACAAUUAGGAGACGUGAUCGCAUAAGCCCCUCUGGGAGGGCAGCUGCAGGAGAGAGUAGGGGGCUGUGAAGCAGCCAGAGACAGAGUUCAGAUUUUUCAUUCAUUCAUUCAUUCAUUGAGUCAGUCAUUCACUCCCAAGGAAGAGUGUUGCAGAAGGCCCUAGUGACUAUUGGGGAAGAAGGGGGCUGAGGAAGCUUCAUUAAUCAAUAGCUCUUCAAAAGACCCAUGUGCCAGCUCUCUCUCUCUCUCCUUUUUCUCUCUCUCCUUCUCCCUCUCUCUCUUCCUUUUGCGCAGGCACGCGCACACAUGCACACUCGCACACUCGCACACACGUUCCUCCCUCAUCUUGGACACUCGUUUGUGCCUUACAUGUGCCUUAUAUUUGAAUCCAGGAUGCCUGAGAAGUACCUAGGGGCUGAGAGAUUUUAUAUACAGCUUUGUGGUACUAGACUGAGGUGGACAUGGGAAAAGGAACUUUUUUCCAAAGGCUCAAAAAUGGUUUCCUAAAAGUGAGCCAUGAUCAGAUUUGCACAUCAGGAGAAAAGGAACAGAGUUAUGUCCAUUUGGAAAAUCCCAUCUUGCAGAGGUGCAAUCACAUCAGAAAAUGGCCAGCCGGGAUUAAAGGUAUUGUAAAUCCUCAGAGCAGAACAUUUUCUCAGCUCAGAGGAACCUGACGCAUUUGAGGAUUAAGGCUCCAUGUCUCCGUGGACAAAGGGUCAGCACCUACCACAGACAAGACUAGGUAUUGUUUCGUUUUGUCCUUUUGGGCAACAUAAAAUCUGGGAAUGCUUUAUUUUGUCUUGGUUUCUAGAAGGAAGGGAAAUAAUAAUGCUUGAGCACCCACUAGAUGCUGGGUGCUGUGCUAAAUAAGUCUUAAUUUUAUAGAAAGAGAAAACAAGGGCAACUAAUUACUAUAGAUGGAUAAACAGCUAAGUGAUAUGGAAAGUGCAGCAAUUUGUGGAUCUCUUUCCGCGUGAACACGCUAUAAACUUUUAAGGUCCUCUGGGCAGGGCAUGCAGUGCCUACUGCCUAGGCUGGCCCUGCUGUGCAAAGUUCAGGUUUUUUCCUCAUGCUGGAGAUGCUCAUCUCCUGUCCGGUUCAUCCAAUCCUCUGUGAGUUCCAGCUAGCAGCCUUUGCGUCCUGGAAAAGCAACACCAGCGGUUUUAGCUGUUUCUCUGCUCCUCUUCCUUACUCACCAGCUGGCUGAGAACAAUGAACUUUUUGCACCAUGGACCCAUGGCCUAUGCUGUUCAGCAAAUCUCCAUUUCAGAUGAAACACUUUCUGAGUCUAUGAAAAACACCAGCACUCUUUGACAAAUUGUGAGCGACCCUUUUUAAACAAUGCUGAGCAGACUCUGCACUAUAAGCAACCAUGAGCUUUAAUGUCUCUGCUGAAAGGCUGGGCUGUCCUCUCUCUGGUGACAACGUUAUACAGACCAGCAGUGUUUAAGUCUGAAUACAUUGUGAGUCUAUUAUCUGUCAUAUCAUGCUGUUUUUUAUGGCUUUUUAUUCUUUAUCAUAGCUAAGUAAAUACCAAAAAAAGUAAAUGCUUUGUAGGAUACUUGUAUUUAGUUUGGAAAAAAAUGAAUUGAAAUUGUUAUGCUUUUGUAUUUCUAUUUCUUGCAAAUAAAAUAUUUUUUCUUAAAUAGUGAAAGUUGAAAAUCCUGAUACUCUGUUUUUAAAAGCUUUUCAUAUAAGCAUGGACCUGCAUAUGUGUGCCUAACCAUUCUUUCCUGAUUAUCUAGUCCAACUGAAAGAAGAGCCUCAAACCAGCAAUUUAUAUGUUAUGUACCCCUGAAUCCAAGUCUCAAUUGGAGGAAUAUUGAGAAAUGUAAUUGUUUUUUCAGUCAGUCACAGGAAGAAAAACAGUAUUCCCUGGAGAUUUAUGCUGCUUGACUGCUAUUUUCGUUGUCACCUACAACUAUUCUCUAACUAGAUUUCAGACUCCAUGGAUUUGAUUUUGCUUUCCCCAUCUCGGGAUGCUUGAGGAUGAUGGCUUGGACCUGAGCCAGAAGAGAAGGAUCCUUCCUCAUGUGAACAGUUGCAGAGGACACCUAACACAUAUUCAUGCUCCAGAAAUUCUGAUGAAAUGGUUGAUAAAGGUCAACGCACUCGAGCAGAAUCAUCUUUAUUCCAUUGCAAUCUCUGUAUUCAAAUUUAAUUUUCUCUACUCAGAAAGAGUGGGGCUUCAUUUAGCCUUAGAAAGAGUAUCCAAGAUGUUAGAGACUAAGGCCAUGGACCGUGUUUACCUGGACCUCCACCCCCCUUGCCAACUUUUUUUUAUCUCAGCAGAAUGCCGAACCCUUCCUUGAGCUCAUGGGUGCUUUGAUCUCCUGCUGCCUUUCUUCUCUGAGCACCUUGACCUUCUCUUCUUCUGUUCCUAUGCACGUGUCCUUUCCCAGUGGAGGAUUUUAGUCAUACACCCUCCCUCUUUCUUAUUCUGUGAGCCUAUAAUGGAAACUUCCUCCUUGACAUUCUGAUAUCUUUCCAGGGGUGUGUGGAGGGUGCAAAUACCCACUGGUUUGAAAAUACUCUGUAUUAAUCGUGCCUUUGUAUUUUCUGUAUUUCUAAUGCUUUGACAUCUGGGACCUUGCUGACCCAGGAGAGACUGCUGCUCACAGGGGUAGCCAAUCACUAGACGAAGUAAAGGACUUGUCUAUAAGCACAACUUUCAUAUGCAAACCAACCAAUCCAGAGCCCAUUCCCCAACCACUUCCUUUAUGGGCUCUCAGGAGCUCACUAUCCCCCCUGCCCUAAUCACCUAAUCACCAUGGCGAGGUACCAGACAACUAGAAACAAUCUCUAUACCUCAGAGCCCACUGAAAUUUUUCAAACUAGCCACACUUAAACCCACUUUCCUUGCCUUGCUUGUUCUUUUCUGCAGAAACUACAGUAAAGCCUCUUGCCUAAUUUUUCUCACUCCCUCUGCCUCCCAGUCAACCCUGGUGCUUCCCUGUGUGGCCCUGCGUGGUGUGGCAAGCUCCCUCACCUUGGGGACUGUGAGUAACAAACUGCAUUUUCUUUUUUAAAAAAAUUCAACAGCUUUAAUUAAAAUUAAUAAUCAUUAUCACAUAUUUAGUAAGUACCCACUGUGUAUUGAAAUCUGUUAACUGAUAUAGGACAAAUUGCAACAAUAGCAUAAAGCUUGUCUACUUUGGAGAAGCUAGGAAAUUAUAAGACAUUAACUUAAAAAAAUUAACUUAAAAAAUACUCCAUGUUUAUUAGUAAAUAUGUUGAUAAUGUUCCAUAUUCUUUCAACUUGAUUCACCUCUCUGCUAAUUAAUAUGUAGUCUAAAUCUUCUUAUAGAUCACUUUUUGGAUAAAGAUGAACAUUUUUUAAGCUUUUAUUUUAUUUCUUUACAAACAAACUAUCUUUUCAAUGGCAAUUGUCUCCUGAUCUGUUGGCCUCACCACAUCUAAAUAAUAAUAAAACCUACAUUUUAAAACACAUUCCUUAGGCAUCGGAAUGUCAAAUCAGAGGCUGAUCCCAGGCUCACAGGCAUUUGGGUUUCACGGAUGGGCCUACUACAAUUUAGAGGAACGUAACACAGAUUUAUUGUCUCAUUUUACAGUGGUUGUCACUUUUGUUCCAGAGAAAAUAAAUGAGACCUACACAGGUUGAUGGGGCUUGUUCAUGGGAAAAGAAGUAAAUCAGAAAGCAGGUGUCUAGAGCGCUAAUCCUAUGCUCAGUUUCCAGGGUGAAUCAUACCUCAUAUCUCUGAAAAAGAGAGCUUUCCAGGCAAGGGAACCAUGGGAUACAGUGGGGGGAAAAACAGGUUGGAUUCAGGAGAUAAAGGUUACGGGUUCUUGCCUCAUAAUACCAUUAACUUGUUGACCUUGAGGGAAAAGGAGACACUUAACUGGGUGCCUAUUAUGUACCAGGUGAUUUUCAUGUAUUAUCUGUGAUCUUGUUUAUUUUCUCUAGAACAUUUAUAGAGGAUAUAUAAUUAUCCCCUUUCACAGAUGAGGCAAUUGGGGUUCAAAAAAUUAAGACUCUUACUCAAAUUAUCAUAUGGCAAAUUAGGUGCUGAUGAGAGAUUUAAGCCCUGGUCUUUGCUGACUCCAAGUACAUAGUAUUUGAACUACACUAUGCUGUUUUUUAGGGCUUGAGAAUUUGUACUUGUAAAAAUACAGGAGUUAGCCUAGAUCAAAGGUUGCAAACCUUCAGCUCAUGCACAAAUGUUUCUGGUUUGGCCCUAUGAUGAUUCAAACAUUUAAAUACUGCUGGUUAACUUUCAACCUUCAAAGAUUUCUCACACAACUCCAGAUUUCCAUAUUCUCUUGAAAGACUUGAAGACCUGGCAAUUUCAGGAGCUGAAUAGUGGUGGCCCUUAGAUGGUGUAGGUCAUCUCUGCCUGGCCACAUUUCCCACGCCCAGGCUGGUUCACUCAUUUAUGUCACUUAUCUGGUCCUUCCGUCAUCUGAAUUGACAGCCUCUGGACUAGAUGGUGGCUGACUUUGUGGGAGUCACGAGAGGGGGAAUAAAGGAAAAGAUACUGUAUUGGUGGUGGGACUAGGAGGUGAGGAAGGUGGUUAGUUUCACCCUGAGGGACAGGAAGUGAGAGGCCUGAGUAGGGAGGCAGUUGGGCUGUGAGUGGGGGAGGAGUCUACCCAGUGAUUGCCUUUAUAGGCACUACCGGAAAAAGAAAUUUGCAAUCUGGGCUCUGUUCUCCUUAGUCCCAGAGAUAAAUCUUCAUUCAUCUCAAAUUUUAUAUUAAAAAUCUUUUUAAUGAUCCCCCUUGCAUAAGACCCUGUGCUUUCCAUGAAGUGCUUCCUCAUGCCUUCUAAUGUAACUUGCUGAUCGUCCACGAGGAAGGUGGAGCAAUUGUUAGUGUCCCUGUCGCUCAGCUGAGGAAGUGGAGGCUGUUAGAGAUGCGAAUGGCUCCACGUUAGGUUACACAGUAAAUGAGUGCAGAGGAGAAUCACAAACCAGGUGUUCUGAUUUCCAGCCUAGUACUAGUUCCUUUAACCAUGCCUGAUCUGGGGCAGGUGACGCUCUAGCUAUCAUCCAUUACCUCUCUAAUGGAAUCACUUGGCAAGGUGGCACUGCCAUAUUCUUUUGCCUGGAAUUCUCAGGAUAGAUUUUUAACCCAGGAUUUGGGACAUUCCCAAAGGCUCCUGUCUCUACAGGGAGGGGAAAAGAAGGCAGAUGGCUCAUUUCAGUUCUUUCCUGCAAAAUAAUCCAAGCCACCAUUUGCGAGGCUGCUUACAGCUUGAUCCAUCCCAUCAUCAUUUGAUGAGCCUGGGCAGGUCGCACAAGUUGAUGUUGUCUUCCAAUGGGCACAGCUGUUGCUAGAUCUUCUGGCCACGUUAAAGAAGGGUUCUCACCCCAGGAGGAGCCCUUGUGUUCCCCCUCCUCCCUCUAUGCUGUCGUUUUUCGAUGGAGGAGCAAAAAUAACCAUUGAGGGAUACCGUGAAAGCUGCUGGAGAGGCUGCUGUGCUGUUCUCCAAGAAGUCUGUUUCAAAAUGUUUAUUAAGUGAAAAGCAUUCGGGAAUCGGGGCUGCCAGUGUGUUCGUAACUAAUGUCCUCCGCAAUAUUACUGCAAGACAGAUGGCAAGUUGAGUUUCCUGAUGGGUACAUGAGAGGUCCAUGUGCUUGGGCUGGUUCAAAGAAAACAACUUCCCCCCAAAGAAAAAAUGUAAAUUUACAAUCACCUACAUAUUUAGAGACCACCAGGAAAGAAAAGGCGCCUCUAAUCCCCCCAAUAUUUUCUUUGUUGGCCUCAUUAUCAUUUAAAUGCUCUCAAUGGAUGAUACAACUUUUUAUCCUGGUUUGAGAUAGUUUAAAUUGUAAAUGAAUGCAGAAAAGAAAAUACAGUUGAAAUGGUAUGUGCAAUAUUGCAUACAUAAUUCCACGCAAUCCUACCCCAGGGGCAGUACUUGACAGGGGAUAUAGGUUGAACCAGGAGGGGUGCUUUAGAAAAAGUCAAUGAGCGUCAGGGUCUGCAUGUAUGGUGCAACAGGGAAAAGAGAGAGGUGGAAAUAGUGCUAUUGAAACCCAUGACAAAAUUUUCCUGCAAUACAACUAAAUGUUGAAAUAUGUAAGAUUCAGAAUUAAAUGAUAUUGUCAGUGAUAUUGUCCAUAGCUAAAAAAAUUAGAGUACUAAAAAGCUUUUAUUGAAAAAUAGCAGUCCAUUUUUCUAUAUCUUUUCCAUCCACCAGUCCUACUUCUUGGAAGUAACCAAAUUAGAUUUCUUCUUGCAUUUAUUUCUAUAUUUGUAAAUAAUGUGUUUAUGUUCUAAUAUUUUAUGUAUCAAUUUUAGACUCUUACUGUUAGUUCUUUUCAUGGUAUAUAAGAAUUUUACCACCAUCACACACACACACACACACAUUUCUCUCCCCAUUUGGCCUCUCUUUCAUAUUACCAGCCUUCCUCAAAGAUCUGAAUGGCAAUUGUCCAUUCUCAUGCAUAAAACAACAUUGACGAUGUAUAAUGAUUAGUUAUAAAUUUGAGAGUCAGGGUAAGCGAAUGUUCAUUUUCGUUCAACCUAGUGUUCUUCAAACUGAGGGCCAAAGGGCUGGGAAAUCAAUUUCAUGUAUUUUUAACCAACAAUUUACAAAAGAGAAACAAUGGAAUGGAAUAGAAUGGGGUUGGGAUGGAAUGGGAUAGAAUGGAAUUUCACAGAAUAAAAUAGAAAAUAUCAGAAUGCAUUUAGAGAUUAACACUGUUUCAUGUAACGUUAAUUUCAGUUCUGUUUGUGUGUAUGUAAGCAUUGUUCUGGGUCACAACUUAAAAGUUAUGUCUUUCUGAGGGUCCCAAUAAAAAUGUUUUAAAUUCUCAAAAAAAGAGCAUUCAUGUAUAGCACAUAGAGUAUAACAAAUACUUUAUAAUAAUUUUAUAUGGAGUAUAAUCUAUAAAAAUAUCGAAUCACUAUGUUGUACACCUGAACAACACCUGACUAUUGUAAGUCAACUGUACUUCAAUUAAAAAAACUGACUGAAUUCUCUCUCUUUAA